AGGUCCCUCACCAGUACGAGGACUUCUAUUUGGCCCAGCCCGACAACUAGGCGCGAUCGGUGAUGUUCAUGACUAGGCUCGGUUCAGGUUGCCUCUCCGCCAGUGAACGCUUUGUGCUAUGAUCCCCCCAGCCAGUCACCCUUGGCUGCUACACCUAUGUCGCAAAGAUGAAGCAGGAUCAGAAUAGCCACUUGAGCAGAAGGCCACGCAGACCGUCAAUCACUCAGCAAAUUCAGCGGGCACUCGGCUUUGACAAGCAAACACAUGACAAGCAAGGCCAAAGUCCGAAGGCUACUUCCCAGGCAACAAGGCCCGGGCCAGAAAAAGCAGCCACCCAGCGACCAAAUUCGAGUUCUCCAAGCAGCAGUGGGCAUUCACAAAUAAGCACAGAGGAGGGUCAACAUGGAGAUCCGAGGCAGUCAAUCGGAGACGUUGGAGUUAAGAGACUAUCAGCAUCGCUGCUCAACGGGUAUCUAUCAAAGAGGACGGGAGCCUCUUUGGAAGGCGAUGUUGCGGUAACAUCUAAUAACAAGCCCCCAGCGAAAAGACAAAAUGUCGCCCCCAGGAACAAAGAGACCCGGGCUACGAAGCGUUUGGAAGCAGAUCGGGCAGAGCUCGAGAAAAAGCUCCUCAGGCUCGAACAGGCCGGAGAAUCCAGAACAUCCCGGCUGUUGAAAAGGGAAACCCGCCGUCUUUCCAAAAAACAACCUUUGGACAGGCGGAGCAGGGCGUCCAGUGCGAGUGCAGAUGAUUUCCGGUCCUCGACUAGGCUUUCUUCCAUGUUCUCCAUCUCAAGGCGCUCAUCGCGGUCUCGACCGAGCUCAGCGCACGGAGCCGACCAAAGACUAUGUCAACAGUCAUCUAGCACCGCAAAGUCAAGGCAGAAUGCUAACUUGCAUCCAGAGGAUCGGACGGUAUUGAAAGCACCCGAGCGAUUUAGCAUUGCGCUAUCGAAAGAGUUCACUGCGGCAAAUGCACUACUUUCAUAUCACAAGGACGGUCCUCCGGGGAAGCCUACCCAAUCGACCGCAGACUCUCAUGUGAACGAGACCAGCAAAUCGCGGCUAUCGCACGAGUGUCUGGUCCAGGAGACAAGUCAAGGACCGGUCGCAUAUAGAAAUGAGAGUUAUACUUCCUCAUCAGCAAAACCCGAGCUAAGAGCCCCAAAAGUGUCGCAAAAGGCAAGAGACUUGGACCGUACCUCUUUUUCAGCGGUCCUGAAUACAGAGACAAGGAUCCCUGAGGUUGUUCAAACCUCUGGGCGCCCAAUGCCCAUUAUCAACCCCGCUGUUAAAGACACCCAAGACACCCGCGCAGAUUGUUUGGUUUUUAACCCCGGUGAAAUAAAGCAGUCCGCUGCAAGGCCUCAUCCUCAGCACCCCAAUGACUUCACCAUUCCACAACAAGAACCCUGGAAAGCUAUUUCGGCAAGGACUCCAAACUACAGACAGUUCCAGAGGCAAUAUAGAAAAUAUCAGUCAUCGCCGCUGGCGGUGACCUCGGUGGGUGACCUGGCGAGCGGACCAGCUUCAACCAAUCCAACCUCAUUUGAACCGUCCACCCAAUUCGCAGUUGAGAAAUCGAGACAAGUCUGCUCAAAGGUUUUGGAAAAUGGCAUAAUUGUCAGAUCAAGGCCAGUGCGACCGCUACCGAUCAACCAUCAUGGCCUUGGCGCAUCAUCUGAAAGAGCAAAUACUCACAGACCUGCAUAUAAGGAUUGCGACGGCGACCGGCCAAUGUUCUCAAACAAACGCCCUCAGCAUACCUCCAACGAUAGUACGUACAGAGUUCAAGAUGAAAAAAUAGAUUCGUCGGCAUCAAUUAUGGCUGAAUUCGGGCAUUCGCAUGAUGCCAGAGCCGACCUGCACUCUCAGACUUCAGUCGGCUACAGCGCUGGCGUCGGGCAGAGCCAGACCAAGGCCUUGUGCAAGCUAAAAUCCUACCUCGAUCAUGAGCCAUGUCCCACAAAGUCCAAAUGGACUUCAGAGGUCCAAAAUCCACAAGUCACCCACGCAUAUCCUGCCGAUCAACCACAGCUGUAUGGCAACUCUCUGUCUUCAUUGGACAAUUCAUCUCGCGAGAUGUCGGCAGAUGAUUACAACACGGCGGAUGAGGGCAUUUCCGUCGCUUCACGAUCAAGAGAUGAGAAUGACUUUCCCGCGAUGUGUUUAAGACAUCCUGGAAUUGAAAAUCCUAGGCAUGACUCUAGUGCUUGUCUUUCACCAGCACGGAAGCAAUCACCAGCCGCGAUAUCUGGUACUUUGCUGAUGCAAACUAAGAACUCCGGCGACCAGCCGAAAUACUGCCCAGGUCGGCAUGUUUCUAAGAUAUUUCUUAUCUGUUGCGUUUGUGGGCAAUGGCAUGAUAAUCCUUCGCAAAUGUAUUCAGAGUACCUCUGCAGCAAGAAUCUUCCAACUCCAACAACUUCCGAAUGGUUUACAGAGGAAAGAGAAGCAGCUGUCACCGACAAGAAGAAUGAUCUUGCUAUGUUCAGAAGCGGACAAUCGAGGCAAUCUACCAGCCAACCAUGUACCCGUAGCGCAUCCGACAGACCAAGUUUCACAGCUCAAUCGCUUCAUAGCUGCUGGUGCGGACACAAGAUGAACCAGGCAUGCUGCGAAGGAUGGAGUACUGUUGUCCAUUUACGCAAGAAAUGUCACUAAAUCACGAACCUUAUCGGCAAAUUCAAAUUGAUGCCUUUUUUCCGCAUUCUCGCG